AAUCGAGAGAGAGAGAGAGAGAGAGAGAGAGAGAGAGAGAGAGAGAGAGAGAAGCGCUCCCUCAGUCACACGCGGGCCUUCUUCAGGAGCACAUGUCCUCCCCGCCAGGCUGACCCAACACAAACACACGCACGCACACGGCACACAUACACACACACACACACACACACAUACACACACACAACACACACACACACACACACACACACACACGCCGCGCACACACCCACCCACACUCGCGUAUACCCUGCAGCCCAUGUGCAAUUGUUUAGUUACGAAACCCACGAUCGGAUGAAAUAAAAGUGAGACGAGAACAAAAGAACAUUAUAUUUGUGCACGCCAUGACAGUCGAGGCAGUGUUCGGAUGGCUGACAGCGGCGAGGGAGCAAGAAAAGUGCCCCGCCGAAGCCAGAGUCAGCGUGUCGGAACGUUUGUUUACAGCGUGAGUCGUGCGGGACGGAAAAAGGCGGACAAAUGACUCGCCAGCGCCCCAGCACCGCCGCGUCGCCGUCUUUUGUUUUCCUUUUCCUCUUGGUUCCCUCGGGGCGAGCCGCAACAUGGCGUGCACUCUGCUCAGGAUCGUGCAGGCCGCCGUCAGUUUGAGGCGGAGAUUUGAGUGUGCGAUCCACUCCUCCUUUGAGUCCGUGGAGAGCGGCGGCGAGGAGCAGCGGGAGCAACAGCAGCAGGAGGACCACGCUCAGACACAGCCCCGCGCCGAGGACCUCUCCACCAGCGAGCACCUGUCCAGGACCUUCCGCCUCACCUUCGAGGAGGGCGAUCCCGACGACCAGCCAGACAUGACCUUCUUGCGUGCCGCAGAGGGCCAGGAGGGGGCAGAAGGGGGCGCCGCUUACACCGACGCCCCCGCCUCCACCUCCAUUGACGUCCUGGAGGAUGUGAGCUUCCCUGCGUCGCCUGCCGCCGCCGAAGACACCAGUCUGGCCUUAACCCUUCACUCCCCGGAGCCCUUCACCCCCGCAGCCUCCCCCUGCCCUCGCCUGAAACUGUACCAACAGUCUUCCCUCAUGUCUCUCAGGCGCCCUCACCUGACUCAGCCUCCGCGCCUCCCCUGCCCUACCAUCCCGCCCCCUUACCUGUCGCCGUAGUACCAGAACCCAUCCCUAAAGUACAGGUGCAUGAGGUGAGCGGGUCGGAGCGCAGCAGCAGUGACAGCGACAGCAGUAGUAGCAGCAGGUGCAGUGUCAAGUCGGUGAGGCUGAGGUGUGCGGAGGCCGUGUCCCCGUCAAGUGGGUGCAAGCCGGCGAAGCUAAUCCGUAGUGACGCCAUGGUGAGCAGCGCCGAGCGGGAGGCGAGUGGCUCGAUGCGGUGGAUGCUGAUGUUGCAAGACUCGGGCACGGCGCUGCUGAAGGAGGCGGCGCAGGGACAGAGCCAGGAGCAGGAGGAGCAGAAGCAAGAGCAGGAUGAGGGGCAGGAGGAGGAUGAGAGGAGAGGAAGUGACUCAGACGGCACGGAAUUGAUGGCUUACUCUGAGUGGCUGAUGAAAGGCAAGCAAGUCCUGGAGGGCGAGUCAUCGUCCGGGGAGGAAAAUGAAACACGCACGAUGAGUGAAGAGAAGUCGGAGGAGGAUGAAGAGAACGAAGACAAUGACGAGGAGGAGGAGGAGGAGGAGGAGGAGGAGGAAGUGGACUUAGACGAUUACAUUCUGGACGACGAUGACAGUGAGGAGGAUUACCUGGGCGACGAGGGGGAGAUGAUGGUGGAGGCUUCCUUCGAGGACUCUUUCGUGGAUGACGGGUUCGUGAGUCUGGAGAUGGAUGACUACGAUGAUGACGUCAUUAUAGAGGAGAACGAGGAGGACCUGGAGAGGGAGAGGAUGGAGGAGGAGAUGAUGCUGGAGAUACGGAGGAACUUGCAGCAAAGGUCUGGUCGUGGCGUGGAGGCUGGCGAGCACCGCAGAGUGAGCAGACAAUACAGCCCUGCCUUGUACCUGCCUGGUAUCCCAGAGAGUAAGGUCAUCCAGGAACGCAAGGGUGCCGAGGUGAAGGAGGAAGUCCCGGGAGGAGGCGCGGCAGGAGGAACAGCAGCAGGGAGACUAAGACAUUCCUCCUCCAGGAGCAGCCGCAGCGGCAAGAGGAGCCAGCGGUCGCCGCCCGUCCAGCGUCAGAGGUGCAUCCAGCUGGAGGGCGGCCAAAGCGAGGAGGACGGCGCGGCGGCCCCCCAGGGCAGGGCCGUCUCCCGCCCACACCCACCGCCUGCCCCAGACUCCCGGCCCUCCCACAUUGAGGGUGACGUCAGCCGUGUGCCGGCCGCCUCGCCACCGCCUGAAGUGCCGCUGGUGGUGGUGGCCACAGCAGAGGGCGGCACCCGCACCCAGGCUCUAGGAAGGUCCCGAGGGCGCCUGCAGCACCCGUCAGCCUACAGCCUCACCUCCGGCAGUGGGGAGUCGCGCGACGUGCCCCCGAGGACCCACGCCUAUCACAAGUACGGCAGCGCCAGCUUUGACUUGGCGCGGCCCAGCCGGCACGAAGGGGCUCGUGCCGCCUUCCACACCACCCGCAGCAGCUUCGAGGGUGACCGCCGGCUCUCCAUGAGCCUCGGGGGCCCGCGGGCGGCAGCUGAAGUUCUCCAACCGGUGGUCACCCUUGAGAAGAGCCCGGGCGCGGCGCGGCGCUUGCCCUCUAUGGAGGCGGGCUCGCGGUCUUGUGGCGAGAGGCAACUGCCGGAGGGUCCGCUGAGGGGUGGCUUCAGACGCAGUAGGAGUGAGAGAGUGGGCGGCAGUUCUGCGGGUGCCUCUCCUGCUCGCAGCGAAUCCCUGAGGGUGAGCAGGACGCGGCCGCACCCGCAGGACGUGGAGAUGACGGAGCUGUGCGCUCCCCGGAGGCUACUGGCCUUGGAUGAGUACAGCGGCGGCAGCAGGUUGUCCCCGCGGGCAGGCAGCAGCCCCAGUGGCGGGGCGACGGAGAGCGCGGGAGAACCUUUGCUUAGCGGCAGCGCGAUGGCGCGAUACUCAUGGCGCACCGCAGGGGAUGUGGCAGCGCUCAGACAAUCCUCGCUGGAAAACAGCGAGCUGGAGGACUUAAUGGAGAACAGGCGGCACGUGGAGCAACGGCGGCUGAGGUUGGCGGCGGACUCCACCACGCCCUCAGACGAGGAUGAGGAGCCGAGGGGCAAAGUGCGCUACAACGACACCGGCUCCCUGGAGCAGGUGAACGAGGAGCUCGCUGACCACCUGGACGAGCCGGACCUUACCUCCAGACACUCCCAGGAGAUCAAGGUACAAUGUCGCGCCCUCUGGCAACUGAGAACCACUCUGGAGGAGGAGGACCCCGACGACCAGGACUCAGACUCCGGGAGGAUGGAGAUACACAGCUCCCCUGACCGCCACUCUCCUGGACGAGCCUCAGAUCUGGACAACGUGACCAGCGCCACCAGCCACACCACCUCCUUCGAGAGCAACACAGAUGCCAUCGUUGCGGGUGAAGGAGGCGGCGACGGAGGCACGGGCGGAGAGCCUGAGGUGGAGGUGCCCCGAGAACAUGGCCAGAGCGAGGCGGAGGUGAGCCAGACUCCCAUCACACUGCCUUCCUCUGAAGCAAGACGAACCUCCUACAGGGCCAUCCUUGCCAACAGACUCAAGCAGCUGGACGCCGCCAAUCGCCCCACGCUGUCCUCGGAAAACAGCUUCGACUCUGUAGACACCGAGUGUUCCUCCACCACGGACCUGAGCCGCCCCGAGGUGCUCACCACUAGCUUUGACUCUACGACGGACUGUCCCACGGACUCCACCAGCGACACUCACUCGCACCGCCUGCAGCAGAUGAAGGCAGACAGCGGCUACCGCAGUUUGGAGGCCAACAAUGGCCGCCCGCCCAAACUGAGCAAAAAACAGAUUCACUUCGUAGAGGACAGCCUGGAAACGCCCGUAGACGACCCAGAGAGAGACCGCAGCCGGGAGCGACAACGAGACCCUGACUCUCGCACUGAGUCUCGCGAGGACAUGGGCGACCCGCAGAGCAAGCGGGAACGACUAAGAAAGGGCGUGGCGCAACUUGAGCGACGCUGGAGUGGCAAGAGCCAUACGAAGAAGAGACGCGAGGCGCUGCGCGAGAGGCACGCCUCCUUGGACACAGCGCUGAGUGGCUCCGUCGGCGGCUCCCUGGAGGGCGAGGGCGCCACCACGGACGAGCUUAGUGGUAAGAGGUCAGUGCUGGCCAGAUUCCUGCGGACGCACCGCUACCCCCGCCGCCCACUACGCCUGCUGCAGCGAGACUAUUCCAUUGACGAGAAAUCCGACAGAUUGUUCAAGGAGUUCAGCCGCACGGAGGUGCCCCUCGAGUGGGAGCCGCCCGGCCGCCGCGGCCCAAGGCUAUACUCCGGUCGGCGCCUCCAUCGCCACCUUGAUGCCGAGGGCUCGCCGAGGUCACACCGCCGCAAGCUGUCGCCGCAGGACUCCAUAGAGGAAGAGGACCAGGUGGCAGCGGCGCUGUGGGAGGGCGAGGCGUCCAGACCAGAGUCUUUCGCGGACUCCAUCGGCUGCGACGACCUGCCCGUCUCCUUCGCCGUGGCCGAGGAGGUGGAGUGACCCGCGCCAUGGCUUCGCAGACGAGCACUGUGUCGGGCCGCUCCUGACGCGGCUCACAAGCCCCUGUGAGACAGGAGCGAAGGCCCCGCGACGCCCCAGCCCGUCACUGAAAGAAGUACGAAUGUGCGUGAGUCCCGUCUGAAGGUCAUCGUGGCAUAUCCUUUGGUUUAAGAAUCUCGUCGACUAGCUUACUAUCGUUACCUCUUCUUCGUGGGACGCGCCGCGCGGGGGGCAGGGGUCGGGGGGUCGUCACACAGGGGCGGCGAGGAACACGACACAGUGAUAAGGUGAUGAACAAGACAAUAAUGAAAAGCACAAACUCACACGCUCGUCUUUUGUACCAAGUAGUGGAGGGAAGACUGUGAUAGCGGCGCCGGGCGCGACGCGACACACCAGCGUGGCGGGGAACAAGAUGCGGUGACACGCUCUCAGAAUAACAAGAAACUGAGAUAAUCCGUGACAAGCACAAAAUACAAGAGAAAAUGCCAAUGCAAGAAUAGUAUUACAAACAAACCGCACGUGCUAAGGAAAACAAAUCUUACCUAAGUAGCAGAGUGACUAGUGAGUUGACCGAGGUGAAGGACACGGCGAAGACAAAAUAAAAUACGUAGGAACCGUUACUACGUACAGUGAGAUAUUGUUAAGUAAAUAAGUGUACAUACAAAUACUCCUAUACACAAGACUCUGAGGAAACCAUUACUCGUGAGGAUAUUUAUAUACACACAUAGCUGACUGUAUAGGUCCCAAAAAUUAUAUAAGAAUUAUACUGAAUCUUGAGUGCCAGGUGAGAUUAUUAGAGCGUGUGUGUGUGUGUGUGUGUGUGUGUGUGUGUGUGUGUGUGUGUGUGUGUGUGUGUGUGUGUGUGUGUGUGUGUGUGUGCGAGGUCUCUGCAAUACUUACAUGUGAUCACUUAUAGACUUAAGAUUCUAGAUUUAAGUAAGUGACGUCUGACUUUUUUUUUUUUUCAAUCGACUGAUUUUUUUUUUUUUUUUAGGCUGAGAGAGAGAAAAGAAUAAUGAAGAUGUGUGGAAUUAUUAAGAUUAUUACUACGUAGUUGCGAGUCAAUUCAGUAAAAAUAAUUGAUAAUCAGCUGUACAGACUUGCCUUUUAACUCUCUCUCUCUCUCUCUCUCUCUCUCUCUCUCUCUCUCUCUCUCUCUCUCUCUCUCUCUCUCUCUCUCUCUCUCUCUCUCUCUCUCUCUCUCUCUCUCUCUCUCUCUCUCAUAUCUUUAGUGUCUUGCUAUGAAAUUCUGUGUAAGAACUGAGGCCUUUCCGUGCUGAGUGUUAAUUUGUAUUGCUGAAAGAAGGUUUGAUGCGAAUAAUGAUAAUAAUAAUAAUAAUAAUAAUAAUAAUAAUAAUAAUAAUAAUGAUAAUAAUAGUAAUAAUAAUAAUGAUAAUAAUAAUAAUAAUAAUAAUAAUAAUAAUAAUAAUAAUAAUAAUAAUAAUAAUAAUAAUAGCAACAACAACAACAACAAGAACAGCAGCAGCUUUUAAAACGAUAAUAAAAUAUAUCCCUGCUAUUUUUCCUCUAGAUCGAUUAAGUCAUUAUUUCUUAUUACUGUUAUUGUUACGAUAUACCUUUUUUAAUUAAUUUAUUUAUCUCUGUGAAAAAUAUGAACACAAGUCAAUUCUCUUUAUGUAUUUAAGUAUUCUUCAAAUAUUUCCUCGCCCAUUCCUCCUUCAGCAGACAAGUUAUCGCUCAGUAUGCCGACUAAGAUUAAGUUAGCAGCUGUUAGAAGAGUAAAAAAUAACAAUAAGAACACGUAACAAAACGAAUGACAACACCCGCUCGUCCGCCAAAGCUGAGGCUGCCUAAGAUCAAUACUACGACCACAAAAAAAAAAAAAAAGAGAGAAAGAAAGAAGAACUCGGAGACAAUAAAAAGAAACCAAACUUGUUCUCCUGUUCGAUAGUCUUAAAAAAAUGUGUUCUCUAUCAUGGACAAAAUUGAUGCCUUAUAAGCCGCAGCGGACGAAAAUAUUAGUAGAAAAAGAUAGAAAUUUGUAGGUCCCUUUCAAGAUGUAAUAAUAUUAGGGAUGUAUUUUCCUUACUCGACGGAUUUCACAAAUUUCACGCCCUAGGACUUGUUGGGCCGUGACUGUUACCCUUGUAGGUAGAUAGAGUCCUGAGGUAAAAAAAAUAUAUAUUACGGGUUAUCAGCAUGGAGACUUUUAACCCUGCUUUUAUGGAGAGUAAGGGGGCGGGGCUGGAAGAAUCGUACAUCCGGCAGCGGGGUGAAUCUUAUCGCCGUUUGUUUACAUCCGAGGGAAAAAUGUCGUACGGUUGUGAGCCCAGCACGUGUAGUGUAGAGGCGUGACCAUAUAAUUUCUCUCCUCCCAUUCAAAGCUGGAGAAAGAGAUCGCAGUAAAUACAUUUGAGAGUAGCCAACGUAAGGAAACCUCGGAAGAGGGGUGAUCCAGCCAGCAGCAGUAUAAAGGCGUUUUUACCAGCGCAUCAGAAUAUCCAAACACUGAUGUUUCGGCUGGGCUUUUGGUAAACACUACUACUGUGCUACCAGACGACUCUCGCUCGCACCGUCUCGGAAAAAUUGUCGUACGGAUCAUAACACAGACAGCAGCUGUGGUGGGAAGUUUGAGUAUCAACAAAGCCAGACUACGAGAAGUGAGUUAAGGGACGAGAUAAUGGACAGCAGCACCGACUCUGAUACUUAUCUGGAAAAUGAGGAAAACCAGUCUCUUCUAUCAAGACCUAUGAUGCCUCUAUUAGCAGUUGCAAGCGUGGCAGAGAUGCAGCCAGAGGCAGAUAUGGGUGCUGUAGCAGUAGCAGCAGCAGUAGCUUGUGACUUCAUGGAAAGGCCAUCACUAGCAGACCUACUGGAUGAUUCCCAAGACUCCAGCCUAGCCUUCAAGAUGCUCAAGCACACCAGGGUCUUCCUCCAGAAAAGUGGACAACUUACCAGAAUCUAACCAGAUAACUUGGCUACCACCAGCACCUUUGGGGCACUAGAGGCUGUGGCACCACAGCUUGUAAGGGCUCCAAACCCCAACAAGAACAAGACCAAGAGCACAUCUUGUCUCAUUUUCAUCUCCAUUUUAGAUCAAGGACAUGCUGUAAGGCUGGGCAGCAGCAUGAGUGGCCAGCAGCAGCAGCAGUCUGCCUCAGGUGUGGGGAGGUGCAGACAUGAUGGCAAGAAUUACCUGGAAACAGGCAGCUCUGUCCACAGAGGAGAGAGCAAGUUUGAGUGCCAGCAGUGUGACAAAACUUUUGUAUCCAGAAAUGGCCUUAAGUACCACACCCUGACACACAGUGGUGUUAGAAAUUAUGAAUGUGAUGAGUGUGGAAAGAAAUUUAUCAGUAAGUCUGACCUCAGCAAACACACCCUGACACACAAAGGUGUUAGAAAUUAUGAAUGUUUUGAGUGUGGAAGGAAAUUUAUUUGUAAGUCUUCCCUCAAUACACACACCCUGACACACAAUGGUGUUAGAAAUUAUGAAUGUGAUGAGUGUGGAAAGAAAUUUACCAGGAAGUCUUACCUUACCAGACACACCCUGACACAUAAUGGUGUUAGAAAUUACGAAUGUGAUCAAUGUGAAAAGAAAUUUACCCUUAAGUCUAACCUUGCCAAACACACCCUGACACACAGUGGCAUUAGAAAUUAUGAAUGUGAUGAGUGUGGAAGGAAAUUUACCCUCAAGUCUCACCUCACCACACACACCCUAACACACAGUGGUGUUAGAAAUUAUGAGUGUGAUGAGUGUGGAAGAAAAUUUACCCAAAAGUCUCACCUCACCACACACACCUUGAUACACAGUGGUGUUAGAAAUUAUGAGUGUGAAGAGUGUGGAAAGAAAUUUGCCCAAAGCUCUCACCUCACCACACACAUCUUGACACACAGUGGUGUUAGAAAUUAUGAGUGUGAAGAGUGUGGCAAAAGGUUUUCUACCAUUACUCAUCUCACUAGACAUGCCUUCAGACACACUGGCUUGAGGGAGUUCAAGUGUGAUGUUUGUGGCAAUUAUUUCAAGACAAGGGGUGAUAUUACCCAGCACAUGCGGAUCCACUUUUGAUGUGGUGUGUUGUGUGGAUGACUGGGGCCACACCUGUGCGUGUGGUAGUGGUGGUGGGACGGUGUGUUACAUGUUUGGUGGCAGCCAUACCUGUGUGUGGAAGUAAUGGCCCCAGCAGUUGUUUUGUUGGCAGUGCAGGUGUGACUUUCAAUAAAUGUGUGUGUGUACAGUAAACCUUUGCUUAUGUACAUGUAUAUCUUUGUUCUGAUUGUAUAUCACCCAGGUGUAUUAUACAGGGCCUGAGCUACAUGAAUAUAUUGUAAUGGGGUGGCCCCUCUCUCUUCUUGCCUCAAGUGUGUUUAUGUAUUCAGUCAGGUGUAGUAUACAGGGCCUGACCUACAUGAACAUACAGGACUGUAAUGAAGCCCAUCACAAGUUGACUUUUUAAAAAAAUUCUGGCAUUGUCUUUGCAUAAUCUUAAAAUGCUCUCUCUCUCUCUCUCUCUCUCUCUCUCUCUCUCUCUCUCUCUCUCUCUCUCUCUCUCUCUCUCUCUCUCUCUCUCUCUCUCUCUCUCUCUCUCUCUCUCUCUCUCUCUCUCUCUCUCUCUCUCUCUCUCUCUCUCUCUCUCUCUCUCUCAAGCGCCAUCUAGUGGAAGAGGUAGCGUUUUUCUAUAAUCUUAUCGAGAUCCUAUGACCUUUGAGUCUCUCUCUCUCUCUCUCUCUCUCUCUCUCUCUCUCUCUCUCUCUCUCUCUCUCUCUCUCUCUCUCUCUCUCUCUCUCUCUCUCUCUCUCUCUCUCUCUCUCUCUCUCUCUCUCUCUCUCUCUCUCUCUCUCUCUCUCUCUCUCUCUCUCUCUCUCUCUCUCUCUCUCUGGCAUUAACACUUUUUUAUGUAGGAGAGGCACCAGCCAAGGGCAACUAUAUUAAAAAAAAAAAAAAAAAGGCCCACUGAGGUGCUGGUCCCCAGAGUCAAAAGCAGUCAUCAAAAAUUAAAGGUCUUGAAACCUCCCUCUUGAAAAAGUUGGAAUCAUAGGAAAGAGGAAAUACAGAAGCAGGAAGGGAGUUCCAGAGUUUACCAGAGAAAGAGAUGAAUGACUGAGAAUACUGGUUAACUUGCAUUAGAGAGGUGGACAGAAUAGGGGUGAGAGAAAGAAAGUCUUGUGCAGCGAGACUGUGGGAGGAGGGGAGGCAUGCAGUUAGUAUGAAAAUAGUGGUAGAAGAUAGCAAGAGAUGCAACAUUGUGGUGAUAAGAAAGAGACUAAAGACAGUCAGUUAGAGGAGAGGAGUUGAUAAGAUGAAAAGCUUUUGAUUUCACCCUGUCUAAAAGAGUGGUAUGAGUGGAAUCCCCCAUGUAUGUGAAGCAAACUCCAUACAUAGAUAAUAUCCCUGUACAGAGUUAACAGCAAGGUGGGUCUGGCAGAGACAAGUCAGAAUGCCUAGCUUCAUGGAAGCUGUUUUGACUAGAGAUGAGAUGUUAAGUUUCCAGUUUAGAUUAUAAGUAAAGGAUAGACUGAGGAUGUUCAGUGUAGAAGAGGGAAACAGUUGAGUGUCAUUGAAGAAGAGGGGAUAGUUGUCUGGAAGAUUGUGUCAAGUUGAGAGACAGAGGAAUUGCGUUUUUGAGGCACCCAAACAACAUUAAGUUUGCUCUGUCCGAAUCAGAAAUUUUAGAGAUCAGAAGUCAGGCCUUCUGUGGCUUCCCUUCAUAAACUGUUUACUUCCCGAAGGGUUGGAUGUCUACAAAAAGGAGUGGAGAAGAACAAGAAGAAAAAAACUUAGGAGAAGAAUAAUGACUGUCUACUACAGCAGCAAUAGAAUUGUUAUAAAGAAAACUUGAGAUGAAAUUACAGGGAGAAGGAGAGAAGCUGUAGGAUGGUAGUUUGGAAAUUAAAGCUUUCUGCAGACUCUAUCAAAAGCUUUUGAUAAAUCUAAGGCAACAGCAAAUGUUUCACCAGAGUCCCUAAAAGAGGAUGACCAAGACUUGGUAAGAAAAACCAGAAGAUAACCAGUAGAGUGGCCUUGACAGAACCCAUACUGGCAAUCGGAUAGAAGGUUGUGAAGUGAUACAUGUUUAAGAAUCUUCCUGUUGAACUUAGAAUCAAAAACUUUAGAGAGGCAGGAAAUUAAAGCAAUAGGAUGGUAGAUUGAGGGAUUAGAAUGUUCACCCUUUUUAGGAACAGGCUUAAUGUAGGCAGACUUCCAGCAAAAAAGAAAGGUAGAUGCUAUUAGACAGAGUUGAAAGGGUUUGACUAGGCAAGGUGCAACCAUGGGGAGCACAGUUUCAGAGAACAAUAGGAGGGACUCCAUCAGGUCCAUGAGUCUUUCAAUGGUUAAUUAACACAAUGCCGCUCAUUAUUCUAUAUACUGAAUUAGAAUGAUGAACUUUCUAACUUGUGGCAUGACUUGCUGCAAAAACUGUACAGUGGGGACCACUCCUCUGGAACGAGAUCUUGUUCCCCUUUAUUCCAAUUCAUUGGUCAUCAUUGUCGUUUAUUAUCUCACUUAUAUUUCCUUUUAUUGUUACUCCAUAUUUAUUUAUUGAUUUAU